AGUUCUUUUUCUAGUUUGGACAUUUGUCGCAGGCUCUCCCAGUGACUGGAGGACUACGCUCUAUACCAGGGCGUAUGAAAAUGGAACAACGGAUAUGGGUCAGGCGAGCCCAUCCAGGUCGACGGUUGUAAUGGUCCACGGAUGGGAGCAAUCCGCCAACAGCGUAUGGGUAAUUCUGGCGAAAACCACGCACCUCUCCACUGCGGACAAGAACAUCAUCACGUUAGACUGGUCGAAGGACGCCAAGGCAUUGGGCUACGGUCACGCGGUAAAUUCCGUGCCGCUGGUGGGCGCCCACCUGGCGCAGCGGAUCCACCAAUGGAUAGUCUUAAACCUGAUCAACGUAACUACGACCAGAUUCGUCGGUUUCUCGUUGGGGGCGCAGGUUAUUGGCUUUUGCGGCCGCUCCACUUUUCGACGGCAGACCGAUCGCUCAACGUCUAGAUAA